AGCGGCGGCGCGGCCGGGGCGGGCUGGCCCUGGGAGCCAGAGCUCCCGAAGGGCCCGCCUUCUCCGCGCGGUCGCUGCCUCCUGCAUUCCUCGCCCGUCCAGAAAGGGGCGCCGGGGGGCGGGGGGACGGGGAGGCGACUGGAGAGAGCCCCGCGGGUGCCCCCAGGACCAGCGGCCCCAGGCUCCCGGGGAACAUGGGCGUGCUCCGGGCGGGACUGUGCCCGGGCCUCACUCAGGACAUGGUCCAGAUCUUGCGGAGCCGCGGGAUCAAGACAGUGGUUGACCUGGUUUCUGCAGAUCUGGAGGAGGUCGCCCAGAAAUGUGGCCUGUCUUACAAGGCCCUGGUCGCCCUGAGACGGGUGCUGUUGGCUCAGUUCUCGGCUUUCCCCUUCAAUGGCGCUGAUCUCUACGAGGAACUGAAGACCUCCACGGCCAUCCUGUCCACCGGCGUUGGAAGCCUGGACAAACUGCUAGAUGCUGGUCUCUACACUGGAGAAGUGACUGAAAUUGUAGGCGCCCCGGGUAGCGGCAAAACCCAGGUAUGUCUUUGUGUGGCAGCAAACGUGGCCCAUGGCCUGCAGCAGAACGUCCUCUACAUUGAUUCCAAUGGAGGGCUUACAGCCUCCCGCAUCCUCCAGCUGCUUCAGGCCAGGACCCUGGAUGAGGAGGAGCAGGCAGGAGCUCUCCAGAGGAUCCAGGUGGUGCGUGCAUUUGACAUCUUCCAGAUGCUGGAUGUGCUGCAGGACCUGCGAGGCGCUGUGUCCCAGCAGGUCCGCAGUUCUUCUGGGACUCUGAAGGUGGUGGUUGUGGACUCCGUCGCUGCGGUGGUCGCCCCACUUCUGGGAGGUCAGCAGAGGGAAGGCUUGGCCUUGAUGAUGCAGCUGGCCCGAGAGCUGAAAACCCUGGCCCGGGACCUCAGUGUUGCAGUGCUGGUGACCAAUCACACGACCCGAGACAGGGACAGCGGGCAGCUCAAACCCGCCCUGGGACGCUCCUGGAGCUUCGUGCCCAGCACCCGGCUUCUCCUGGACAGCGCCCAAGGCUCAGGAGCUCUGGGCAGCUGGCGCGUGGCGUGUCUGACCAAAUCCCCCCGUCUGCCAACAGGUUGCCAGGAGACGGUGGACUUAGGGAGCUGGGGGACCCCAGCGUUCCAGGGAGAUCACAAAGGACACUGGGAGCAGAGCCCAGUGUUCCCGCGAGAUCACACGUGAUGGUGCUGUUGAUGGGGAAAGGGACAGGCCGCAAGGCCCCCAACUCACCUGCACAGUAAUGCCUGCUGCUCGCUGCCGGCAGCCCCUGGGGCGCUAGAGACACUGUCUCGCCCAGAAGCCAUCUCAGCCCUCAGCUCCUCUCCCCAGAAACACAGCACUACUGGCAAGAGAGGAUGCUGUUGUGGAAGGACCCAGAAAUUCGUGCUGGUACCAGGUUUUCAUCCCUUGUAUCUACCAUGUGUGUUUCCAGCGGGAGCCGGGUUCAUGGACUUGGGCAUCUCUCAAGAGGCACCCUGGUGCCUGGAUGGAUUAACCCUGCACAUCACUGUCCUACCCUCCACCCUGACACAGUGACUGAGCUUGAGGCCUCUGGCUUGCCUUUGUUUCCCUUUUUUUUUUUUUUUUUUUUCCCUUUCCCUCUGUUUUUCCAUCUGUAAGAUGGGGCUCCUUUCCCCUUAACUCUGACUUUGACUUACCAGGUGAAGUAACCUUGUAAAUGCAACCCAUGUGUGUGUGCUCAGCCGUGUCUGACUCUUUGCGACCCCAUGAAUUGUAGCCCACCAGGCUCCUCUGUCCAUGGAAUUUUCCAGGCAAGAAUACUGGAGCGGGUUGUCAUUUCCUCCUCCAGGGGAUCUUCCCAACCCAGAAAUCGAACCCGUGUCUCUUGGCAUCUCUUGUGUUGGCGGGCAGAUUCUUUACCACUAGUGCCAAAACUCUUCCUUAUCUAGAUCCUGCUCUUUAAAACAUUAAUACAAAAGAAAUUCACUGAGCUGCAGAGCCAUCUGUCUUCCCCCAGACGGUGGUUUUUCAGUUUCCCCGAGUGAGGCCCCCCAGAGAACCCCUGUUCCUCUUUCCCUCUUGUCAAUUUGGUUUCACACACCUGCAUGCAUCGCCGUGACCAGGUGAGACCGGGAGCUCACUGCAGUCCCAGGGAUAUAAUCUAAGAGGAAGGGAAGAUGUGACCUGGCCCUGGUGAAUCCAGCUGCCUGUUUAAUGUGCGUGGGGCCCUGGGGGGCCCCUCCCCCGCGAGAGUGAGCUGAGAUGCUGAACCAUGGCCUUGCCCAUAAACAGGGGAGAAUUUGCACAGUCAAUAGAGCCAGCUGGGAAAAUUGAUGCUGGCGUAAAUAAUACACAGCAAAUCUAGUCCUUUAUGCAGAAAUUCAUUGCCGGUGGCUCCAAGAUGCAAUGUAAUUACCCCUCUCUUCCUGCCAGCUGUAACACAGCGUAUGAAAUAAUCCCCCCGCCCCGCCCUGGUCUGUUACGGGUGCUGUGACCAUCUCUCUGCGAGCUGGAGCCCCGGCUGGGUGGAGGGGAAGACAGCAGGGAAGGGGAAAUCAAAGGCAGAACAUGAUCAGGAUUGUUUACUGACCACAUGUUUUUAAAGGAAGGUAGCCUUUCUCCAUUUGAGAGCCUGUUGUGUAGUUAAUUAGUUGUGUCUUGGCUGCAGGAAAGGGGGUCAGAGUUAGAGGCAGAAGAUAAUAACAUUUACAGAUGAUGAGCACAGGAGGGAUAAAAGGUUGCAAGUGGCAACCCAGCCCCCGAGGGUAUCUGCCUGAGUGAGGACAGGCUUGGUGAGCCAAGACUGGAGGAACCCUGGCGCUGGUGCUUCCACAGGCUCUCGGGAGAAAUGAACCUGCAGCCUCCUUACUAGGAGCAGUGGGUGCAUAGUGGCAGCCUUGUGCAUACAUGCUAAGUCGCCUCAGUCGUGUCCGAUUGUUUGCAACCCUGUGAACUGUAGCCCACCAGGCUCCUCUGUCCAUGGGAUUCUCAAGGCAAGAAUACUAGAGUGGGUUGCCAUUUCCAAAGGGAUCUUCCUGACCCCAGGACUGAACUCCUGUCUCUUACAUCUCCUAUAUUAGCAAGCAGAUUCUUUAUGACUAGCGCCACCUGGGAAGCUAGUUGCAGCUAUAGUAGGAAACAAAAUGUUAAGCUGGGGAUGGCACAUCCCUGUCACUUGUACCAUUUGGGAAUCUUGAACCCACGCAGGCAUCAGCAAUAAAUCAAGCAUUCUCUUUUGCUGAGCUCAGAGGCCUUUGCAAUUUUAGUUUUUCUCCACGUGACACUCCAGGCAGCCACCACCAGUCAGUUGAAAUUGAUGUUCAAGGUGGAGCCUGGUUGCCAUCUCUGCCCUGGGCACAUCUGCCAUAUUUCCUUUAUGUGGUGUCAGGUGCCUCGUCCCUGACUCAGGACCCCAGAAUUGUAGAUUUGAGAGGCCCGUAAAGAUCAUAUGCCCUGGGAUUUCCCUGGUGGUGUGGUGGUUGAGAAUCAGUCUUCCAAUGGAAGGGACGCAGGUUCGAUCCCUGGUCGAGGAACUAAGAUCCCACAUGCUGCAGGGCACUGAAGCCUGUACCACAACAAAGGUCCACAUGCUGCAUCUAAGACAUGAGGCAGCCAAAUAAAUAAAGACCAUAUGCCCCAUCUUGUCAUUUAGCCGAGAAGGAAAGUGAGGUCCAAGAGCAGAAAUGACAGUCCCCAUGGCAGAACAGGGACUGGAACCUAGGACUCUGUCAAUUCCUCAGCCAGGAUUCUGUGUCCACGUUGCCUUUGGUUUUCAAUUGGUACAGCUCUGCCCUUGGUGGGGACUUUUUCCAGCCACACAGCCUCACCCAGGCAGCCUCUCUGGCCACGAGGAGGAGCACCGUUCACUGUUGCUCCAGACUACCCGUGACAUUCCUACAGGACUUGCCCCUCACAACGAGCCCUGGGUCUUAGUCGUGGCAUGUGGGAUCUAGUUCCCUGACCAGGGAUCAAACCCAGGCCCCCUGCAUUGGGAGAGCAGAGUCGUAACCACGGGACCACCAGGGAAGUCCUGUCCACCUCUUAUUCAGUGCAUCUCGGAGCUGAACAAGUGCACUUCACCUGGGCAUAAACUUCACUCCUUGAGUAGCUUUUGAAUCCUAGCUCUUCCCUGCUUGCCUAGUUUCUGGGUGUAAGAGUCUCAACAUAAGCUGGGGGUUUGCAGGAAGACAGUAGGUAUAUGCUGAGAAGGAUACAAAGUCAAGGAACAAGAUUUCCAUCUCAUCUAACUUGGUCUUAGCUCUGACACUUACUGUAUGCCAUUGGAUCAAUCCGCCUCUUUAAACCUUAGUUUCAUCCACUGGGGAAAGGGGGAAGAUAAUACCUAUUGCAUAGAAUUGCUUUAGGGACAUAUAGCUUAUGUAAAAUGCCAGAUACUUCCCCAGGCAUAUCAUAGGCCCUCACUUUCCUAUUGCUUGAAAGGCUUGGGAUACCUGGGAGGAACUGGAGACUGCUUCCUCCUGUCUACAAGGCCAGCUUCGUGGUCGUGUGACCAGUGCGGCUGCACAGAGCCCUUGGCUUAGUUUAAAGCUCUGCUGUCCAUCAGCAGGAAUGGCUGGAGAAGACACGGUACAUGGACACAAGGGAACAGUACUCUGCCAAAAAAGGGAACAAGGCUGGACCAUUUGCCGAGACAUGGAUGGACCUAGAGACUGUCAUAUGGAGUGAAGUAAAGCAGAAAGAGAAAAACAAAUAUUGUAUAUUAACACAUUUAGAAUCUAGAAAAAUGGUAUAGGUGAUAUUUGCCAAGCAGAGACAGAUGUAUGGAUAUCGAAGGGGGAACAAGUGGGUGGGAGGAAUUGGGAGAUUGGGGUUGACAUAUAAACACGAUUGAUACUGUGUAUAAAAUAGAUAACUAAUGAGAACCUCCUGUAUAGCAGAGGGAACUCUACUUGAUUCUCUGUGGUGACCUCAGUGGGAAGGAAAUCCCCAAAGGAGAGGAUAUAUGUAUAUGUAUAGCUCUUCACUUUGCAGUAGAAACUAUCAGUAGAAGCACAUUGUAAAGUAGCUAUGCAUGCGUGCUGAGUGGCUUCAGUUGUGUCUGACUCUUUGCGGCCCCAUGGACUGUAGCCCUCCAGGCUCCUCUGUCCAUAGGAUUCUCUAGGCAAGAAUACUGGAGUGGGUUGCCAUGCCCUGCUCCAGGGAAAGCAACUCUACUCCAAUAAAAAUUAAUUAAAAAAUG